AUGAAACGCUUUGAUCUCUCCACAGACGACCUCUUGCGCCUCCAGGAAGGCCAUCCCACAAAGAGGCCUCGCACGCGGUUGGAGCAGGAAGAUGUCCUUCUCGACGAACAGCAAGGGUCGACCUCAUCCGCACAUUCUUCCAACUCGGAGGACGGGUCGGACAGCUCUGAGAACGAAGAUGAACUUGAGCAAGACGUUCAGUCUGACUUGGUCGACACCACAGAAGACCGCUUCUCAUCGUCUAGAGUUGCCUUCGUCUCCAGAGCCUCCAAUGUCGCCCCGCGCGAAGCGCAAAGUUCUACAAAACCUUUGCCUUCGACGUUUGCUUCGCUCGGGAUCUCAUCUGCGCUCCUUUCCGCAUUGUCAAAAAUGUCCAUUCGUUCUCCCACGGAGAUUCAAGCAGCCUGUCUUCCACCCCUACUACAAGGCAAGUUCUCCAAUCGCACAGGGUCCGGUAAAACCAUCGCGUUUGCCCUCCCUAUCCUCCAAAGGCUUGCUGUCGACCCUUAUGGCAUCUUUGCGCUGGUGCUGACGCCCACACGUGAGCUUGCGUUCCAAAUCUCAGAACAGUUUGCCGUCCUCGGAUCUGCCCUUAAUGUGCGCACUGCUGUCGUCGUGGGCGGCAUGGACAUGAUGACACAGGCUCUCGAGCUGAACAAUCGACCGCAUGUGGUCGUCGCCACUCCUGGCCGGAUAGUCGAUCUUCUGAAGAGCACCGCAGGAGAGUGGGACCUCUCACGCGUGAAGUUUCUGGUCCUCGAUGAAGCGGAUCGGCUGCUGACACCCACAUUUGCUCCUGAGCUGUCAUUUUUAUUCGAUGCUCUCCCGAAGGAACGACAGACGUGUCUAUUUACAGCCACCUUGACUCCGGCAGUCGAGAGCGUUGCUCAAGCGCCCCCCAGACCGGGCAAGCAAAAGCCUUUCAUACACAGAAUGGUGGAAGCCGUCGAGACUGUCGAUACCCUCCAGCAACACUAUAUCCUCGUCCCGUCGCAUGUCCGCGAGUCAUAUCUGUACCACCUCCUCUGCAAUCCCCCCGAAUCCAUACUCCCCUUCCGGCGCGCACCUCCAGAGCCUACAAAGGGCUCCAAGAAGCCCCAGGCAGCCUCCAAAUCCAGAACAAAAAAGGGCAAGAGCAAGUCCGCCACAGACGACCCCGAGGCGAUCGAGCAGCCACCGCCGACGAUCAUAUUUUGCAAGCGCCCACGGACGGCCGCCUACCUGACGCACCUGCUGCAGACGCUGCACAUCCGGAGCACCGCGCUGCACUCGCGGCUGACGCAGCGGGAGCGGCUCGCGUCGCUGGGCCUCUUCCGCGCGAGCGUCGUGCCCGUGCUCGUGUCGACGGACGUCGGCGCGCGCGGGCUCGACAUCGCGGACGUCGCGCUCGUCGUGAACUGGGACAUGCCCGACGAGCCGGAGGAGUACACGCACCGCGUCGGCCGUACCGCGCGCCGUGGGCGGGGCGGUGUCGCGGUGAGCUUCGUCACGGAGCGGGACGAGGAGCGAGUGCUGCGCGUGGAGGCGCGGAUCAAGACGAAGCUGUCAGAGAUGGCGCUGCCGGAGGCAAAGGUUCUGGAGAAGUUGAAUGCCGUCUCCACAGCGAAGCGGCUGGCGAACAUGGAGCUCCACGACUCCAACUUCGGGAAGCGCGAGGAGAUCCACAAAAUCAAAAGCGCAAAGCGCAAAGUAGACGCAGUGAGCAUAUAG